UGUCUACUCUUUGGCUCCACUGGGAUUUUGCAGCACGAUGGUUACUAUCCAUUACUUAUUACGCUGUAAAGACCAAGAUUUUGCUCAGUGAAAAAGCUGAAAGGUGAUGCCUGAAGCUCUGAUGACAUAAAGGUGGCCCUCUCCAGCUGUCACGUGAUCAGUUUCAGACCUCUCCUUGGUGGAGUCCCGUCUCUCUCCUGCUCCCAGCCCCUCUUCCCUUGCUCUGACUGUACCACAUGGUAUUCUGGUAAAUCUGUCAUUAACAUAACUGCUUGUUGUCAACAGUUGCCCCUCGCCGGUCUGGGGAAACCCUCCCCCGGCAGAAGAAAAGAGUGACGUGAGCCUGACUUGCAAUGUGAAUUCCAACCCUCAAGCUCACAUGGUUUGGUAUAAAGACAACAGCAGCCUGAGCCUGGAGAAAGGUCGCUACCAGAUACACCAGACUAGCGAGGUCUUCCAGCUGACUAUCAAGAAAGUACAGAAAUCUGACAACGGAACAUACACUUGUGAGGCUACCUCUGUUCUCGGAAGGGAGACGAAGGAGUUCCACCUGACAGUAACAGAUAAAAAGCCACCGUUUCCCCUGGAGGCCAUUAUUGCUGCUGUCGUGGUGGUUUUACUUACUAUAAUUUUUGGAAUUGUGGCUCGAUGGGAAAAAAUAUUUAAGUGCUUCAAAAAGGGAAAAGAAACACCAAGUGGAACAGCUCUGUGAAGAAAUCCUGAGGCUACUGCGUGUGUCUAAGAAAAGCCACCUGUACGAGGACUUACGCCCUUGCGUUAAGCCAUGGGAUUAGCCACCGUGCACUGCAACCAUUACUCUAGUUCUUAUAGCUCCUUCUCUAUUUAUUGUCAUUUCACACAAUGAUCCUUUCCAAAUGGUUCUUUCUGUAUGUUGAUUAUCACCUACUGCUUUGAACAUUCAUGCGGGAGGGGGAAAAGAAGAGGACUACGUAGCUUGGGUUUGGUCUAGCGCCAUCUUUAUCCCUAAAGGAUGUUUGCAUGGAAUCAGGAUCAUUAUUUUUUAGGAGUCUGUUCCUGUUGAUUAGGCCGCAGUGGUCAUAACAACGAGUUACCUUACCGGGUGAUGCUUCCUUGUUACCCGUUAAAUGGUGGCCUUGCCAGGCUGGAGUAACCCCAUGCCCGACGUACAGUGCCGUACGGAUGCUGGGCCCACUAGGCUGGAGCAGCCCCUCCCCCUCCGGCACUCCAGCUUGGCCAGGCCUCCUACCCGCCCCUGUUGAAACGGUUAACCCUAAUGUUUAACCAGCUGACAGAUUACACACGAUUUUACAUCCCUAGUGGCCACGAGGGGCUACGCCGUCACAACCAGGGCAGUUUGACGUCGCGUGUACAAAUCCCAGUAGUGGUUAAUCCCUUAAAAAAGGGAAGCCUCAGGGACCGAACUAAACCGCUUGGAUGCUGGUUUAGCUCCCUCCACGGCCCACUGUGUGCAAAAGUCAUUGAAGGGGUCUCGGUUCAUGCCUAUCAGCACAAUCGGCAGACCCCUCCGAAAGGCAAAGGCCUCCAGAGCAUCCUCAGCCCCACAUGAGGCCCCUUCCAGCCAGUGUGGAGGUGUUCUGGUAGUCCUGUCAAUGAAGCCAGCACUGCUACUGCUUUUACUGCACCCCUUUGUAUGGCACGGUGGGUAUCAGGGCCUGCAGCUCUCACUCUAGCAUCUUUCACAAAGAGUGUGUUAAAAUAAACUCUAGUUUUCGAGUCAGUUCUCCAGUAGUAACGUUGAGGGCUCAUCUCCCCUCUCUUCGCUGAUUAUGAUAAACCAGCAGACCAUUUGUCACAAGACUGCAGCAAACUUUUAGACACUGCUCACAGUUUGACUCUGUACAUUGCUGAAAUUGUCAACAUACCCCAUGUGCUAUGAAUGAAUUCCCGUCUCUCAAGGGCAAAUACUCUUCUCAGACAGCGGAAGGUGCUGUUCCUAAACGGGAAAGAGCAUCUCAACCCUUGUAAAAUUGAACCUGUUCUUGACUGACAAAGUGACACGAGUCCUACCAAUGUAACAUUAACUAGCUUCCAGGGAACAUUACAGCAUAACAACUUUAGUCCAAACAAAUGCUCUU